CAAAGGUUACGAGGUCAAGCACGGUGAAUCGAGUUCACUUCCUCUAAAAACAGGACUAAGUGCUAAUAUUUAUAACAAGCUGCACAAAGUAACAUUCACUUUAGGCUUAGGUCUAGAGUUAGACCAGUCGCGUUAGGACUAACCACCUGAAAUAUUGAAUCAGAGUCUAGAUUAAGUUUAGUCUUCUACAUCUUCAUCUACCAUAUUAAAUAGACUGCGAACAACAUUUACAUUGCAGAAUGUUUUCUAGAUCUAUAGUUUAUUCUGUUGCAAAGGAAUUCGCUUAUCAUAGAUCUAGGACUUUAAAUACUUUAUUAAUAACAAAAUGCACAAUCUCCGCGAGAAAUUUAGUUUAUAGUGCAGCUUUGUUUAGGCCUACUACAUCUGAUAGUGAGAACAAAAGUGUUAAAAUUAAAACUAAAAAAGUUCAGACGAGAAUUCGCAUGAUUACAUACAACUUAGAUUUAUUCUCCAAUUUUGCAACAAAUGCCGAUUCACAAUCUAAACAGGUCAAUUUUGGCAUUUUAUUUGAUGUGGAUGGUGUUUUGGCAAGAGGUAGCACACCACUUGAUCCUGCCAAGAAAGCAAUGGCUAAGCUUAAAGAUGCUAAUGGAAACUUGAAGGUGCCAGUUGCAUUUGUUACUAAUGCUUGCAACAGAAGUGCAGACAAGGCUCGUCAAAUACAGAAUUGGUUUGAUAUCAAUAUUACACCUGAACAAGUUAUCCAUGCUCCUACUCCAGCUAAAUUAUUGAAGGAAUUUCACUCAAAACAUACAUUGGUUAUUGGCCAGGAACACAGAAAAGAAAUAGCUGCAGACCUUGGAUUUACCAAUACAUGCAUCAUUGAAGACAUCAAAGAAGCUUAUCCAUUGCUGGACAUGGUUGACCAUGCUAACAGAGCCAAAAUUGCUGAAGGUAACUACACAGAGAAUCCUAAUUUUCCAAGAGUUGAUGUCGUUUUACUCAUUGGGGAGCCAUGUCGCUGGGAAACAGACCUGCAGCUAAUAAUAGACUUACUUUUGACUGAAGGAAAGCCAAAUAUUACACCUGAAGAUUUGUUCAGUGUUCCACAGAUCCCAGUUAUCGCCUGCAACAUGGACUUGGUCUUCAUGGCUGAGGCCUGCAUGCCACGAUUUGGUCAUGGCGCUUUUCUUUUGUGUCUGGAGUCUCUCUACAAGAAAAUUACAGGGAGAGAGUUACAUUACAAAAAUCUAGUGGGAAAGCCUUGUGAGAUUACAUACAGAUUUGCAGAGCACACAGUUUCCAAAAUUGCAAAACAGAUGGGAAUCAGCAAGCCGAUAAAAAGGCUGUACUUUUUUGGUUUGUACACUCCUUUCUUCUACAUCAGUGACAACCCUAAUGUGGACAUAGUUGGUGCCAAUCUGUAUGAUCGCUUCAUCAAGAGGAAAGAUAGCAAUGCCAACUCCAUAGACCUCCCUGUGUCUCGACUUAUCCCAGAAAGUGACAUUUUGAAUGAACAAACAGUUGAGUCCUGUCACAGCAUGCUCGUCGGCACUGGCGUCUACAAGUUUAAGCCUGAGGAUGAAAUGAAGUCCACAAGCGACACCAUUGAGGUCUAUCAUGGCCACAGAGACAUUGCCCAUGAACCAGAACUCUCCAAACCACACAAGUAUGUUCAUGAUGUCUAUGAAGGUAUCGACUACAUCUUUAGGAAAGAAGGCAUUGAAGGGAAUUAAUGUGUUGAUGCCAAUAGAAAUUUGACUUUUGUAACUUAAAAUCUUUACAUUGUUGUUGUGUAAAUAGUAUUCAGUGUUUUGAAUAGAAACUAUUUAAGCUGCCAUCAUUUUUUUGUUCAAAUGUACAUGACAUCAGUCUAGUUUCUGUUGUCUCAUGCUUGUGUAUAUAUUUCAACUAAAAUGUGUGUACAUAGUGGCAUUUCAAGAAAUGUGAAAAUGUGUGAUAAAUGGUUUUAUGGAUCUGACUUUAGUUGAGAUUAUUAAUUAUACUAAGAGUGUAAAAAUACAAUCAAUAUUGCUACUUUUUGUAAUCUUAAUCAUCUUAUUAUGGUUCAUUUUCAUUUUUGUAAAAGCUUUCUAAGAAUUCAUCUCAAAUGCAUAUAUGAUACAUCUUUACACUCCAACACUGUGACAUUCAUACUUCAAUCAGCCAUUCAUUUUCAUUUCACUCGCAUCUCAUUCCAUUGUCAACUUUUUGGCUUUUCUUGAACUUGACAAAAGAUAAUAAAUGGCAUAUUUUUUUUAUCACCAUGCAACUGAAUCACAUCGAACCUGGUUGUGCAUCUUACCACAACCCCAUGGCCAUGUCCAGUAAGAUAACUAUUACACAAGUCUUUCAUUUUGAUAUUGCUGUACAUUAUAUCUGUAUACAUUACAGAGAAGUCAUGUGACCAACCCUCAGUAAAUUUUGUGAACUUCCACAUUUCGAAAGUGUCCAAAUUUUAAUAGUAAAAUAUAAUAAAAUAAAAACAAUAAAAUAGAUUAUUUUUUUUAAAUACGAAAUGACCAUAACUGCAUUCCAUUUUUUAUUUAAAUAUUUUGAAAAAAAAAAUUGCAUAUUGGUCCUAGACUUUUUUUUUGUGUUCAAUUGAGCAAUUUUUGUAAUAAUGUACCAGAUGUUCUUGAAAAAAAAUAAAAACUUCAAAGAAAAA